CGUCAUACACAGAGUGAAGAAGAGAGGGACGUGAACGAAAGCGUUCCCAACAAUAAUACGAGUAAAGAUUCAUUUUACACUUAUAUAAUUCCUCAUUUGAGCACCGACAGCUUAUUCAUUUGAUCGUUUACAGCUGGUCUCUCCGGAAUGGCUGAGCCAAGUGCCAGAUAUCAACAGCUGCCCAAUGAGGAGGAGCCGGAGGAGGCCUCGCAGGUUGCCGUGGAUGCACCACCCCCCUACAGCAGUGUUGCAGCAGAUAAUGCAGCCUAUUUUGACUACAAAGAGGAUGGCGGUUUCCCCAAGCCCCCGUCAUACAACGUAGCCACGACACUGCCCUCCUACGACGAGGCAGAGAGGUCCAAGGCUGAGACCACAGCACCCCUGGGAGCUGGGAGGGAUGAUGAGUUUGUGGCCAGGGAUGACUUUGAGGAUGCCGACCAGCUACGGAUCGGCAACGACGGCAUUUUCAUCCUCACCUUCUUCAUGGCCUUCCUGUUCAACUGGAUUGGAUUCUUCCUCUCCUUCUGCCUCACCACCUCUGCCGCCGGCCGCUACGGAGCCAUCUCUGGCUUCGGGCUGUCCCUCAUCAAGUGGAUCCUCAUCGUACGGUUCUCCACAUACUUCCCUGGCUACUUCGAAGGGCAGUACUGGCUGUGGUGGGUGUUCCUGAUGCUGGGGUGCCUUCUCUUCCUCAGGGGGUUCAUCAACUAUGCCAAGAUCCGCAAAAUGGCCGACUCCUUCUCCCCUCUCCCUCGAACCAGGCUCCUCUUCAUCUACUGAGGGCCGGAGAGUCCUCCGGUCGUCGUUCUACGAUACCGGCUCGAAUGGAGACAUCAAAUUUGGAGAGAAAAAAUUAAACGUUUAGUUUUUCUUUGCUGGAAGACGGCUCGGACGAUAUCAUUUCUUUGUGUUUUUUGAUGUAACACGGUGAAUGCUGAGAUUCUGUCACUCUGUCCCGUAGUGGUCGUUGUCAAGUGCUUUUUGCAAUCAAGUCUGUGGUGUACAAAUAAUGCCUUAUAUAAAUAUAAAUAUAUACAUAUACCAUAUUUAAUAUCUGUGUAGAAGUGGCAUGUGCUGCUCCCCUGUUCACCAGUAGGGGGCAGUCUUGUUUACAUAUAAUGUCCCCAGUUGUGGAACAGUGUUUUAGUAUGGUUAAGAUCCAUCUGUGUAAGCUGUAAGCUGCUGCGAGCAGACUGGCAUGGUAACAUCCAUGGGUACAACUCUGCAGAAGCUUGGUGAAGGCAAUCUCUUUCAGAACAAUCCAGAACUGCUUGUUUUUCUUGCUGUAUACAAUAAUGAAAUUAAAAUGUAAGUCUUUUUAAGAUU